AUGGCUUCUGCGAGGAAGGUCACUGACAAGCGGCAUAACCCAGUGGAAAGCAUUUGUAGAAAAAUCAGAGCCAUCCAAAAGAGAAAAGAGAUUUCAGAUCCAGUUCAACAAAUUCUCAAGUAUCAAUCUAGCAGUUUUGAUAGCCCACAGAUUAACACCAAGAAAGAUUUUGAAAAGGUACUGAAGAACAUGGCAACCACUCCUAUUCCCUCACCCAACACUUGUUUCUCAAGUAUUGAGAAAGACGAUGCCAUCAUUAUAUCUCCUCAAAUAAUGUCUCCAAGAAUCCCAUCCAUUUCUCACCUCAGCUCUCCCGAGAAUGCAACAUACCCUAUUCCUCUCACAAGUUCUGAAAACCUCUCAAGGCCAAGAUCACAGAGCUCUCAGAAUUACACAUCUCGGGUAUCACAGACCAGGAAAGGGGAGCACUUCUUUAACAAGGAUUUGAAAAACUGUUGUAGUGAAAAUAAUUUUAGUGCAUCAACACUUGACUUUGAUUCAACGUCUCAUAAAAACUCUGAAUGUUUUACUCCUCAGGAAUCACUGGCGAAAAAAUUAUCUCUAAAUGGAGCUGGUUCAGUUGGAGUUGCCAAAAUAAUAGAUUACCUGAGACAAGCAAGUAGUCAAAAUUCUGAAGAUAGUGGACUUGAGGAGCUAUGGAACAUACUUGAUCCUGAAAAGGGAGACCUACAUGUGGACCUGGACAUUUUUUGUGCCAUCCUGAAAGAAUGGAUGGCUUGCUGUAGAAACAAAUGGGAAAGAAUGAGUGGUGGAUCAGGUGGCACCGAGGAUUCUGUUUUUGAACAGGACAGCAUAAAAUCAAGUAGAGCAAUUAAGAUGACCACAGAUAAAACAGAAUCUACGUCAUGGAGCUUCGAGGCUUUGGGUGGAGAUAUGUCUAAAGGAGUCUUAGAAAUUUCUGAUUUGAUUACCUAUGUAGCAGACCUGCAUUUUCACAAGCAGAAACUGGAGGAGGAAAACAAUAAGUUUAAAUCGGCAUUAGAAACCUUGGAAGAAGCUAACUGCCAGUUAUCAGAGGAUUGUACUGAGUUACGCCAUCAGAUAAAAAGUGCCCACCAAGCUAUUAUGAGAACAAAUCUGUUAAAAGAAGAACUGGAGGAACUGAAAAUUAGUAUGAAUGCUUCUGAAGAGCAGAAGACCAUGAUUUUAGCCCAGAACAAACAGUUAGAGACAGAAAACCGGGCUCUGAUUCUUAAGAUUCGGAUUCUCCAAGAAGAGAAUACUAAGAACAUUAUGGAUAUAUAUAAAUUGGAAAAGAAGAUUGAGGAGUUGUCUAAAACUGAGACAGAACACCAAAUGCAGUUACAUGCAUGUGAGAACGCUUUGCUUAGUAAAGAUGCAAGUUUGCAGAAGAAAGAUUUAAGUAUAGAAGAACUUAAGUCAACCAUCAUAGAAUAUGGAAACAUUAUAGAGAAUUUACGAGGGGAUAAAAACAAACUGACUCAUGAGUUACAGCACUUGCAGCAGGAACUUAUCAUAAAUGGGAUCCAGUUGAAUAUUAGUGGAGAGUGUAAUAGAAUCAUCUCUGAAGAAGAAAAAUCUUUACAUUGUGAACUCAUUCUUGCUCAGUCUGCAGAGAACGAUGAAACUGGGUGGCAGUGCAGUUUAAUCAACUUGUCAUCUCUGGAUAUAAUGAUGGACCAAGAAAUGCUGCUAUUACUGAGAACAUUUGAACAAAAGGGAGUGAAAUUCACAGCUAUGCUUCAAAAGCUGGAAUUGUAUAACAUAUGUACUCAUGAAGAAGUUUCUGAAGAUGAAACCAUCAUGGAUAGCUCGCUACAGUGGGUAACUGAUCCAGAAAUUACUGUGAAAGAAAAGUGGGAGAACAAGCUUACUGAAUUCAAAUAUAUAAUGGAAGAGAAACUAAGUCUUUGCAUAUUAAUGCCAAACGGCUUGGGAAACCACAAAGAAUCUCUUGAUAAAGAAUUUGUCAAACUAAUAGAGAUUUUGAAGAGAUUCAGGCUGGAAUAUUUUUAUUUCAGAAAAGAAUUUCUCUCCAGGCAGAAACAACGAGAAGCCCUUGAACAAGUGCAAGAAGAUGCUGUCAACCAGGAAGCUGUCGUUAGGAAGAAGGUCCAAAGAACCAGCCAAUGGCUGGAGGACAGGGAGGAGCAGGUAGGGUAGCCUGUGACUACUUUAUAUUCAAGGGGAAGUUUCCUCAGAUGUCCUUGAAACCAUGAAGUAUAAAACGGAGGAGGAACAGAAAAGAAAAAAAAAACAAAAAACAAAGAGGAACUGCGAAGUUCAGUCCCUGGCGACCAGCAGUGAGCGGAGGAAGUACAGGGGAGUUGUAAAGGAGGUGGUGUCAACAGCCUCCUGAUGAAAGAGGCAUCUUUGCAGAAAGAGGCAACUUGACAUAUCAGGACUUUUACCACUGUAGAAAUAGCUCAGGAGCCCAUGUAAAGCCCAUGCAAAGCCCAUGCAAAUACAGAAUUGCAGAAGUUCACUAGAGGCUUAUCACUUCCCUGAGAAGAAAAGCACAUUUUCAGUUUCGUGUGCAUAAUACUGGUGAGUGCUCAAUUGCUUUCUUUCCUGGCCACCCUGCUAAAAU